GUUUCCAGGUCCCGUGCCUCGUUUGCAACAAAGCUUCAUCACCCUUUGCCCGGUCGUUUGACGGUCCCGACGCGUUUCGAACCAUCAAGCCCACGGGCGCGGCUUUGUCAACCUCUAAAACCCGAUUUUUCCUCCUCCUCCGCGUACAGGCCCAUUUCCAACACGCCCAUGCACGCGCGAUAGGGACUCGGAUCCCUGGCGGCCGACGACAUGGCCGUGUCCAUCUCUGAGGCUCAGGCCGAGCUCAUCAGCUCCCUUGCCCCCGACGACAUCCCUAUCAAGCUGCGUUGCGCCAUCUGCAGCAAGCUGGCUGUGAAUGCCUAUCGGCUGCCAUGCUGCGAGCAGGCCAUAUGCGAGACCUGUCAAGCCAGUCUUCCGCAAGCAUGUCCCGUCUGCGAGCACACUCCCCUCGCUGCCGACGACUGUAACCCGCACAAAUCACUCCGCACCACGAUCCGAGUAUUCCUUCGCACCGCCGAGAAGAAGAGAGAAGCGAGCCGGCCUAAAGAGUCUAAAGACGCGACUCCCGCGACGCCAGUCGAGGGCACGAAACCCCCGUUGGUUACCGAACAACUGCCGGAAUCUGCACAUGCCGGUCCUGAUGCGAACGCUACAUCGCAUACGCAGCCGGAUACCACACACUCGAGCGAAACAGCACGACCGAGCGCGGCCGGCGAGCCUGAGCAGCCCAAGGCCCCUGGCGAGACUGUCAGCGCUUCAGCUGAAGAACAGGGCGAAGAGCCGGCUGAUGCUACGGGCCAGGAAGUCGCGAAAGACGAGGAGGCGGCUGACGGCCACGAGGGCCCCAGCGGGGUCUUGGCCACGAGUGGCGGCGAUGGAGAUGGAGGAGCUGAGGACGAAGACGAUGAGACGAACAACUACGAUAACAGCAGCGGCGCCAACGGCGGAUUCUCCAACAACAUGAUGUUCCCUGGCGGCGACUUCAACCAGAUGCAAAUGAUGAUGGCCAUGCAAAACGGAAUGGGAGGCAACAACGCCUUUGGUGGCUUCCCCAUGAUGGGAAUGGGCAUGGACCCCAUGACGAUGCAGAACAUGUACAUGAACGGUGGCUUUCAAGGCAUGGGCAUGAACGGCAUGGGCGGCUUCGGUGGGGGUUUCGGACAAGGCUCCAAUGAUAACUGGAACGGUUCACAGUCGUGGGGUUUCGACCAGAAUAAUUACAAUCAAAGUGGUCCCGGCAUGGGCACCGGUGAUUUUGGCAACUUUAACGCAGGAUUCCAAGCAGGAUACAAUCCUGGCAAUUAUGGCCACUUCAAUGACCAUCGCCGCAACAACUUUGGGCGCGGCCGAGGACGAGGACGCGGAUUCUACGGCGGCGGCGGCUAUGGCCGAGGAGGCUACCAGCAGUUUGGCGGCGGUGGCGGCAUGGGCAACCAGGACCAGGGAUACUAUUCCCAACCGCAACAGGAGGCCGGCCAUCAACCCCAAGGACAGAUCGACUCGGCCGCGGGAGAUGGCAAGAGUGCAGACGAGCACGGGCACGGCACGCCGUCCGGGCAGACGGCGGGCGCAGGGACCCAGGGCGGCGGACAAGACUCUGGAGACGGUGGUAGUGCAGACGCCGGCGGAGUAGCCUCCCGUGAGACCCUUGGCAGUGAUGCCGCUGGAGAUGUGUCCCGUGCCAGCCAGUCUGGAAACGUGCGCCCCGUCCCGACCGCGCCAGACGUGCCCAUCAACGCACCCAAGGGACCCAGAGCAAUGAGACAGGGGCUUCCGAACACAAGCCUUCACCAUCUCCGAGCGCGCGGCUACCAAGUGGACGGCGCCGCGCAGCCACCAAACGGGCCGGCAAGUGCUCAGCGCAAAGAUUCUGUCACGGGCAGCGGCCGUGCGCGGAGUAAAUCCCGAUCCGUCGAUGGCGCACAUGCCGCGCCUGCUGGAUCGGUCCGUGAAGGCAGUAACGAGCGUACCGUGGACCGCACGGCUGGCGAUGAGGCCAAGGCAGUGGCCAAGGACGGCGCCGGUGACGACUCUCGCCCCGACUCCCAAAGGGGCAACCGCAGUCCAAGCCGCAGUCACAGUCGCAGCCGCAGCUCUGGCCGGGAGCACCGCAAUUCGCAGAGACAGCGGCGGCAUCGGUCCCAAUCGGCCGAAGGUGGCAACCGCGACGACGCCCACCGGCGCAAGAAGCAUCGAGGGGGCGACCGAAGAUAUCGUGAAGAAGUACACGAACAUCAUCGGCCCAGAGACGGCCGCCAUGGUGACCAGUCGCGGUCCGCGUCGCCGGAUGAGUCGAGGAAGUCGAGUCGACGAAGCCAUCGGGAGAGGGAGGAUGAGCGCGAGGGUAGCAGAGACCGAGACAGACCUCGCGAUCGAAACGACGACCAACACAAGUCAAGCCACCGCUCACACCGUGACCGCGAUCGUGACCGCGACCGUGACCGCGACCGUGACCGCGACAAUGACGAGUCGCGGCGCCGAGGUAGAGACAGGGACCACGACAGGGACCGCAGAGACCGCAAGGAGCGCCGCCGCGAGCGCGAGCGCGAGCGCGAGAGGGAGAGCCGCCAUGGCAGCAGCAGCCGGCGACCGUCCGCAGACGGCAGAUCACCCACAGUAGACAAAUCCUUUGAUCCGCCCAGCGGGCCCCGCGCCUUGGACGGCCGCGGUUCCGGCUCGUGCAACUCACACGAGCGCACAGAUCGCGACCGACAUGGCUCCCACGGCAGCAACGGCAAGGCGGGGACGCCCAAGGACGCCCACACGCUCGAGCGCGAGGCGCGCAACCGCGAGCGCCUGGUGAAGGAGGCGCAGCGCAUGGCACUGGCCAACAUGGCGGGCUCCAAGAGGGGCCGCGAGGAUGGCGGCGGCGACGACAGCGGCGGUCGAAAGAGCCGCAGGACGAGCCGGCGCAGCGACACGAGAGACGGACCCGACGACGAGGACCGUAUGCGCCGGCUCGAGGCAGAGCGCGAGGCCGGACGCUGGAGCUAGAAGCCGCGUGGUUCUUCCCGCGGACGCCGUCCCACGCGCCAGUGAGACAGACGGCAUCUUGUUUCUUCUCUCUGAAAGAACCCACCUCUGCGCUGGAGCUGAAAGUUCUCUGCGCAUCGAGAAACCAUGUACGGCGUUUCUGUGACGUUAACGAAUGCGUUUGGCAUUUUUUCGCCGGGGGAGUUCCAUCCCCUUUUUUUUUCUAAACUGGCGCUGCCAUCUACGCCAUCAGCGCAGCCCAACACGGCCCAUGAUACUUGUCCUAGUCGCGAAGGCC